CCUCUCUCUCUCUCUCUCUCUCUCUCUCUCUCUCUCUCUUGCAAAAUCCUAUUAGGGUUUCAAAAUCUUUUCUAUACAUCCAAAAUCUCAAAAUUUUUUCUUAAUUUCUUUCUCAAAUUUGCAAAUUAUUAUUAUUAUUAUUAUUAUUAUUAUUAUUAUUAUUAUUAUUAUUUUAAUUCAUUCGAAUCAGGACCGGUUCAAAUGGAUCGGCGGGUUUGUUGAUGCUUCUGCAUCUGCGUGUUGAAGGGAAUUGAGAGAAAUGGAGACGCAGAGGGUAACAGAAUUGCCUCUUAGGAACAUGGAUAAACGUCCCAGGAAGAGGCCUCGUUUAACAUGGGACGUGCCUCCUCCUGCUCCUCCUCCUCCCAAGGUCCUUUCUGCUAUGUACUGUGGGCAGGAUUUUGGGAAUGGAGUGAUUCCCAAUUAUGCAUAUACAAAUUUGUUUUACAGGGACGUUCCAGUUCCUCACAAUUGCUCCCCUCCUUGGAGACCUGAUGAUAAAGAUGGGCAUUAUGUCUUUGCUAUUGGCGAGAAUUUGACACCUAGCUACAGGAUUCUUAGCAAAAUGGGUGAAGGGACAUUUGGGCAAGUCUUGGAAUGUUUUGAUAAUGAAAAGAAAGAAGUUGUGGCGAUAAAAAUUGUUCGCUCCAUACACAAGUAUCGUGAAGCUGCCAUGAUUGAAAUUGACGUCCUACAGAGGCUUGCCAGACAUGACAUUGGUGGCACUCGUUGUGUGCAAAUACGGAAUUGGUUUGACUAUCGUAAUCAUAUUUGUAUUGUAUUUGAGAAGCUUGGACCAAGCUUAUAUGAUUUUCUUCGCAAAAACAGCUACCGUUCAUUUCCCAUUGAUCUUGUUCGGGAGCUUGGCAGACAACUUUUGGAGUCUGUUGCAUUUAUGCAUGAUCUACGACUAAUUCACACUGAUUUGAAGCCGGAGAAUAUUCUACUAGUUUCCUCUGAGUAUAUCAAAGUGCCAGAUUGUAAGUUUCUUUCACGGUCCACAAAAGAUGGCUCCUAUUUCAAGAAUCUGCCCAAGUCAAGUGCUAUUAAGCUCAUUGAUUUUGGAAGUACUACAUUUGAGCAUCAGGAUCACAGCUAUGUGGUGUCAACACGCCAUUAUCGUGCACCAGAGGUUAUCUUAGGUCUGAGAUGGAACUAUCCUUGUGAUUUAUGGAGUGUGGGUUGCAUACUUGUUGAACUAUGUUCUGGUGAGGCUCUUUUUCAAACACACGAGAACUUGGAGCAUCUUGCUAUGAUGGAAAGGGUUUUAGGGCCCCUGCCACAACAUAUGGCGGUCAGAGCUGACCGUCAUGCUGAGAAAUAUUUCAGGAGAGGCACGCGAUUAGAUUGGCCUGACGGUGCAACUUCAAGAGAAAGCAUGAGAGCAGUUUGGAAGUUGCCCCGUUUGCCGAACCUGAUUAUGCAGCACGUCGAUCAUUCUGCUGGUGAUCUGAUUGAUCUCUUGCAAGGGCUCUUACGGUAUGAUCCAGCGGAACGGCUCAAAGCCAGAGAAGCUUUAGGGCACCCAUUUUUCAAAAGAGAACCAAGGAGGUGUGGUUAUACUUUAUAAUGUGGAUGCCUCACAAGCAAUCAUAUAAACAAGGAGAUUCCAUGAAGUGGUUGAUUUGGUGACAUAAUUUUUGUCUUGUUUAACAUACAAUUGUUACCAUAUAGUAAAAAGAGUGUUCUCUUCCUACCA